AUGAUCGGAAUCGUCUAUCUGUGCUUGUCGGCCUCACAAAUCCCAAUGUACUUUUUGGUGAUGACGGUGAGUGAGAUCCGUCCAAGUUCCGCAUACAACGCAUUGUUUCAGGCAGUUCAUGUGAAACAUCGUCAAGAGCCGAACAUGACGUACACGUUGAUCAAUCUCAUUCACUUUUCUCAAAUUGUCCAAACAAUUUGUCACUUUCUCACCUCGUUUCUUCUCAUUUUUCCAGCAUUGCAAAGAUUUCCAUUCUGCAUUGGAGUAAGUUUUGGGAUGAAUUCAGAAAAAAGCUCAAAGGAACUUGACUUUUCAGGUGAUCGGAGCGACGGUGGGUCUUUUUUUCAGCGCAGAACUGCCCGUAACGGCUCUGCUGGCCGUGUGUCGAGUUCUGCUCUUCACCGGAGUCAUUAAGACGAAAAAGACGCCUUUGGGUGUGAAAGUAAGCGCUACUUUCGGUAUCAGGUACAUUUAAAAAGUAUCCGUAUUCAGCUCUUCCUGCUCUCACUCUUCUCCGUCCUUACACUCAUCUUCGUCUACUCUUCCGCGCAUAGCCUCGUCUAUUUUUCCCCUCCCGCCUUCGAUUAUAACACCUCUGAUCCAUUCUCGCCAAUUUUACAACUUUUCGACUAUUACAUUUCGAUUCUUUCCCUAAUCAUCGCGUACAUUUCCUAUCUUGCUAUUGUCUACCUGAUCUACAUGGUAAGUUCGAUUCGUUUUGCUAUUGCUAUUCUUCUGCUUUUGUUUUCCAGUACAAGAAGGAUUCGGUGAGCCUGAAGAGCAAGCGAGAGGAGCUGUCGAUCCUGGUACAGUACACGAUAACAGUCGGCUACGAGGCGGGCUCUUUGAUAUUCUGGCACGAAGCGAGCCUUGACAUGAAGAACUACAAAGUUCGAGCGGCGAUCAACGUCUCUUGGAUCAUGGGCGGUUAUAUGUAUCCUAUCCUCAUUUUUAUCUGCAACAAGUGAGUCCUAGUCCUAGUCAUGUCGUGCACGGAACCCCAGCCUUCCAAUAAAAAAUUCCCUUGGCGCAAUUCAGGUGCGCUAAACAAGGCGCGUAACGCGUAAUUCCGGAGCGUCGUUGUAGAGUUUCUCAUUUCAAUUUUCCCUUUUUUUGCAUUAUUCCCAUCUUUUCAGAACCAAUCAGUGUCAAAACUUAUGGUAAUGAUUAGAAAUGAAUAAAAAAUGAAAUGUUUACUGCUUCGUCAUCAAUUUCGAAACGUUUUAUGUGAAAAUUACAGAAUUUUUUCCUUUUGGAAUCGAAAAUUUGCCUCAAUUAUCUCAAUUCUGUAUAUUUUUCGACGGUUGAGCGCUUAAAAGAUGCGCAAUAAACUCUAUGUUGACUGGACGGUUCGAAUGCCAGUGUCCGAACUCGAUUCGGUAAAUAAUCAUUAAAACUCCGUUUUUUCAGUAGUUUUCGACAAAAUCCCUCAAUUUGGUCAAUUCUGAACGAAUCUGCUCCGUUUCUCGCUUUAAUUGAUGCGUUUAACCCAGACAAUCGCCCUACGGUUCGCAAAGAACAAAAUUUGAGUGUUUAUUAAGAGAAAAACGAAAGAAUUCCGGUUUUCAAUUGAAAAAAGAAACUCCGAGUCGACGGUGGAUGCAAGCGCGCCCCAUUGACAACUCGCUUGCGCAUUGGAAUGCUGGGGGUCCGUGUCGUGUAUUGACAAGAAGUUCAAAUGAUCGCAGUUCAGAACGAUUCGUGAGGAGAGUUUGCGGAUAUUGGGCCUACGCGGCUCUUCUCUUGUUAGUGUUCGUCCCUCCAGCCGGGCUCGUCGCAUUUCUUGA